ACUGUCAGAAAAGAAAAUAAAUAAAGAACAGCAUAAGCAGUAUAACAGUUAACACUUUGUUUCUAAUUUGAUGAUACUUAACAGAAUUUUUCAAAUAACAUUCCCAUGGAGAACUCUAAAUUAAUCUAUGCUGGGACUUGUCAAAUAUCCUCUUUAGAAGACAUGAAACUUGAAAUUAAGGAGGAGAAUGUGUUGGAGUCGACAUAUUCACAAGACGUUAAGUCUGAAUAUGCAGAUACAAUUAGUGAAGCUUCUGGAGCAACGUUUAAGUUUCCAAAAGUUGAACAAAAGACCGAAAUAAAUUGUGAAGCAGGACUGAACAUUAACCAAUACUAUCCCUUUGAAAACUAUUAUUUGAAUACAUGUAUAGACCUUGGCGAUUUUAAAGCUGAACAGACCAAGGAGUACACUUUAUCUAAAACGUUAGUUGAGAAUGGAGUUAAAAAAAGAAAAAGAAAGUUUACAAUAUCUUAUGUCCAUAUAAAAAAAUGGUUAACCCAUGUAAAUACAAGAAAAAAUAAUAUAUGCACCUGUAUUAUCUGUGGAGAAAUUUGUAUAGGAAUGUCAAAGCUUUUUUGUCACUUCUACAUCUACCAUUAUAUAAAGAAAACCCAGAAAAAGAAGACAAUCACGCAUGACUCAGAAACCUUGUCCUUUGAAUCUCUGCGAAAGAAAAAUAAAGAAGAAUUACUGGAAUCCUAUUACGAAAAGAUCUACACGUUUGAUAAAAUUGAACGUUCAUAUAGUUGUAAUGUGUGCUUGCGAAAGUAUAACAAAGCUCACAGGAAGUCACAUUUGAUUUGGCACACGGAAGAAUGCAGAGUUCAAUGUGAAGUAUGUUGUAGAGGCUUCCAUGCCGAAUCAUACUUCAAAAAACACCUCUGUGAACCCACAAGAGAAAAAAGUUUAGAGUGCGAAUAUUGCUUUAAGAAAUACGUAACUAGCAAGCAGUUGGCCAUUCAUAUGGGUAAGCACACUGGAGAAAAACCAUAUAAAUGUUCAAUUUGUCCAAUGCAGUAUUCAGGAAAAUGGGCUCUGGAAGCGCAUAUGGGAGUCCAUACAGGAAAAAAAUUGUUUAAAUGUAAUAUAUGCUUUAAACUCUUUACUCAUAAUUUUAGACUUAAGAAGCAUUUACGCCAACACGCUGAAAACGGCCCUUCAACUUGUACGAUAUGUUUAAGAAGAUGUACGAGUAAAAGUAAGAUGAAACAACAUAUGAAAGUACAUAAUAUACAAAAUUCUGUCCAAUGUGAUGUAUGUUUUAGGAUUUUUGCUCGGAAGUGUGACUUGAAUAAGCAUUUACCGAUACACACUGACCAUAAACCUUUCCAAUGUGAUAUUUGCUCCAAGACUUUUAGAAAAAAGGGUCAAUUGAAAAUACACUCUUACAUACAUCGCACAGAAAGACCUUUUUCCUGCCCGCUCUGCUCCAAACAGUUCAUAUUGAACUGUUUACUCAAGAAACAUAUGAAUCUACAUAAUGGUGAUAAUCCACUGAUUUGUACAUUAUGUUCGCGAAGUUUUCCGACAGAAGAUGCACUAAAACGUCAUCAGCGUGUACAUAAUGGUGAGAAACGUUACGAAUGUGACAUAUGUUUCAAGGUAUUUACGCAAAACUGUAACUUAACCAAACAUAUGCUCAUACACACAGGCGAAAAACCAUUCAAAUGUGAUAUAUGUUUCAAAUCUUUUAGACAAAACUGUCAAUUGCAGCAACAUGCCUACGUUCACGGCGGAAAAAAACCUUUUUCUUGCUCAGUGUGUUCUAAACAGUUUUCCUUGAAGUGUAUGUUGAAGAAACAUAUGUGUUUGCACACUGGAGAAAAUCUUUUAAAAUGUGAAAUAUGCUCUAAACAAUUUGCAUAUAAUUCUAGAUUGAAAAAGCAUAUGAAGAAACACGGUUUACCCGUAGAUCUCAAACCUGCUCCAGCAAAACCUAUACGUGAAAAAACUAAAGAAACAGAAGAAAAAUCCUUCAGCUGUGAUAUUUGCACGAAAUCUUUUAGAAAAAAGCCGCUUUUGCAGCAGCAUAUGCUCGUACAUAAUGGAAAAAGACCUUUUUCAUGCACAAUCUGCUCGAAGAAGUUUACAUACAACUGUCAACUGAAGAACCACAUGCGUGUACACAGUGGAGAGAAACCCUUCAAAUGCAACCUCUGUUCUAAACAGUAUACAUCAAAUGAGAAUUUAAAGACGCAUAUGCUGAACCACUCCGGUGACACACCAUUUAAGUGUCACACUUGUCCCAAUGCAUUUAGAACAAAAACUCAAUUGAAAAAACACAUUUGUCCACACAACGGAGAAACUGCAAUAUUAGAAUCGGUGGAAGUAAAUAGUUCUUAAUUUUUAAUGGUACUGUAAUGUUUUCAUUUACAGUCUUUUAAUUUAUUAUUAGAAUGUUCUAAAUACUUAUUUAUUUUAUCUUUAUUAUUUAAAUAAAAGAGAACAAAGGUU